AUGGCAUUUCUGCGUUUCCAAGUCGUAGAAAAGCGCCUUGCAUGCGUUGGCCAAAAUAUCUGCAAACGGCAAUUGAAUACAAAACAAUCCCGAUUCGUACUUAGUAUCUCAAAUGAUGUGGCGCACCGCGCUACACCAUCGCUACACCAAAUUUCCGGCGUGUCGCCGCUGACGAUGCCAUCGCUGUCGCCCACGAUGGAGACGGGCUCGCUGUCCGCGUGGCUCAAGAAGGAGGGCGAGGAGGUGCACGCCGGCGAGGUGCUGUGCCAGGUGGAGACGGACAAGGCCGUGGUGGACUACGAGAUGCAGGACGACGCCGUCGUGGCCAAGAUCGUGUGCGCCGAGGGCGCCGCCGACCUGCCCAUCGGCGCGCUGCUCGCCUACACGGUGGAGGACCUGGACACGUACAAGCAGCUGCUGGAGAGCGGCCAGCUCGCCAACCUGUCGGCCGAGGCCGCGCCCGCUGCGGAGCCGGAGGCGCCCAUCGCUGCUGCUGCCCCUGCUGCUCCUGCCCCGGCCGCUGCGCAGCCUGAGGCCUCGCACAGCGGCCGCGUGCCGCUCAUCAAGUUCCUCGGCAAGCGCGCGCUCAUCCCCGAGUUCAACCACUCGCCCCUGGAGCAGCCCGCCAAGCCCGCCGCCGCUGCUCCCGCCCAGCCCGUGGCCGCUGCCGCCCCCGCCGUGGCUGCCGACGCCGAGUACGAGGACCUGCCGCUGUCCAACAUGCGCAAGAUCAUCGCCAAGCGCCUCACUGCCUCCAAGCAGGAGGUGCCGCACAGCUACACGAGCAUCGACUGCGAGAUCGACAACAUCCUGAAGCUGCGCAAGCAGCUCAAGGGCAAGCACGACGUCAAGGUCGGCAUGAACGACUUCAUUCUCAAGGCCGUGGCGCUCGCGCUGCGCGACGUGCCCGAGGCCAACUGCUUCUUCGACGUCAAGACCCAGAGCGUCAAGCCCAACCCGUCCGUGGACGUGUCGGUGGCCGUGGCCACCCCCACGGGCCUCAUCACCCCCAUCGUGCCCAAGGUGGACACCCUCGGCCUGAGCGGCGUCAACCGCAUAUUUAUGGAGCUCGUCUCGCGCGCGCGCCAGAACAAGCUCAAGCCCGAGGAGUUCCAGGGCGGCUCCUUCACCGUGUCCAACCUCGGCAGCUUCGGCAUCGACCAGUUCCGCGCCGUGAUCAACCCGCCGCAGGCCUGCAUCCUGGCCGUCGGCGGUGGCCGCAGGGAGGUGCUGCCGCCGCUUGAGAUCGUGGAGGGUGUGAACCCGGAGCCGCGUCUCGCCACGGUCAUGAACGUGACGCUGUCGUCGGACCGUCGCGUGGUGGACGGCGUCAUCGCCGGCCAGUUCCUGCAGGUGUUCAAGGCGUACAUGGAGAGCCCCGAGCUCAUGGUCCUGUAA